AUGAAUGGAGCUGUCAAGGCAGCAAAUAAGAACAUCAAGAAGAUAUUGAGGAAGAUAACAGACAGUCACAGGCAGUGGCAUGAAAAGUUGCCAUACGCUUUGCUUGGUUACCAAGCUGUGAUACCCGCAGAAGUAAAGACACCUUCUCUGAGGAUUAUCCAAGAUGUUGGUUUGGACGAUGCAGAUUGCAUACAUAGCAGACACGAACAGUUGAUGAUUAUUGAUGAGAAAAGGAUGGAUGUUGUCUGUCAUGGUCAGCUUUAUCAGAACAGGAUGUCCAAGGCAUUUAACAAGAGAGUAAGGCCUAAGAAAUUCGAGCCAGGGCAGUUGGUUUUAAAGCGAAUAUUUCCUCAUCAGGACAAAGCUAAAGGGAAAUUCGCACCAAAUUGGCAAGGUCCAUACAUGGUUCAUCGAGUGCUUUUAGGAGGAGCAUUGAUCUUGGCAUAA